AUCGAUUACCACUUGGAAGAUAUGAUCGACGCCAUAUUGCAGCUCCAAUGCUCUGCUUUCUCCACCGAAGAAGACCUCUUCACCACCGCCCUUCGCUUCCGUCUGCUCCGCCAGGCUGGCUUCCACGUCAGCACCGAUGUGUUACUGAAGUUCAAGGGCGAAAGCGAAAAGUUUAAAGAAUCCUUGAGAGACGACACGGUAGGGUUACUGAGCUUGUACGAAGCAUCAAAUAUGGGGGCUAAAGGGGAAGAAAUCUUGGAGGAGGCUAAGGAGUUUGCGGAACGAUCACUACUCGAUGGUGAGGAGCGGGUCAGUGAUGAGGUGGGACGGGCCCUAAAGGUGCCGAGUCAUAUGAGGAUGGCUAGGUUGGAGGCCAGGCGAUUCAUCGAGGAAUAUGGCAACCGGAGUGAUCAUGAUAGAGACCUUUUGGAGCUUGCUAUUUUGGACUAUAACCAUGUCCAAGCUCAACACCAAGCCGAACUCACUGAACUUAAAAGGUGGUGGAAGCAGCUAGGGUUGGUGGAAAAGUUAGGUUUUGGGAGAGAUAGGCCAUUGGAGUGCUUUUUGUGGACAGUAGGGCUUCUCCCUAACCCAAAAUACUCAACCUGCAGAAUACAGUUGGCCAAGACCAUAGCUAUUCUAUUAGUCAUUGAUGAUAUUUUCGACACCUAUGGCAAAAUGGAUGAACUAAUCCUCUUCACCCAUGCAAUUCAAAGAUGGGAUCUUGAAGCAAUGGAGACACUCCCCGAGUACAUGAAAAUAUGCUACAUGGCAUUGUACAACACGACCAAUGACAUUUGCUACACGGUGCUCAAGGACACCGGCCGGACUGUCCUCCCCUACCUCAAAGCAACUUGGAUAGACAUGAUUGAAGGUUUCAUGGUGGAGGCAAAGUGGUUCAAUGGUGGGAAUGCACCAAACUUGGAAGAGUACAUAGAGAAUGGAGUAUCAACGGCAGGGGCAUACAUGGCUCUGGUACAUCUAUUCUUUCUAAUAGGAGGUGUAACCGACCAAAACGCCUCACUGUUGAGGCAGAAACCCUAUCCCAAGGUAUUCUCCUCGGCAGGGCGAAUUCUUCGCCUCUGGGAUGAUCUUGGGACUGCUAAGGAGGAGCAAGAGCGUGGGGAUCUGGCAUCGGGCAUACCAUUGUUUAUGAAAGAGAACAAUCUGGCAACAGAGGAGGCAGCAAGAAGUGGAAUGUUGGAAGAGAUAUUCCAACUAUGGAAGGAUCUCAACGGAGAGCUCAUCAACAAUAACACAUUGCCCUUAUCUAUCAUCACAGUCGCGCUUAACAUGGCACGAGCUUCCCAAGUGAUCUACAACCAUCAACAACAAACCUAUUCUUUGAGUGUCGACAAUUAUGUUCAAGCCCUCUUCUUCACUCCUCUUCCUUCCUCUUAAUAUAUUGUACAUUUCUCACCCUCUUUUAUUGUAUCUUCAAUAACAUAGAAUUUAAUUACCAAUACUCUUAUUAAUUUCAGUAAAUGUAUUAAAGGAUCACUAGUAUCCUAUGUAGUAGUACUAAAAUGAAAAUGGAAUCUUAGUGUUAAAUCCUUAGGAUUGAUGGACCCCUA